CCCUUUCUCCUGCCUCUUCCCCACCCCCUGCUCGCCUCUCUCAGUCCUUCCACCCCCGUUGGCGAUUGCAGAGCGCGGGGCAGCGCAGCGCAGCCCGGGAUCCCCCCGCGCGCACUGUGAGCCGGGGAGCGGGGCGAGCCCCCCCGCAGCCAAGCGCUAUCCCCGGGCCGGGGCGCGCCCGCCACGUAUAGCAGGGAACCCGGGGGCUCUCAAGCCCGUAUUAUCCGCACGUGAAGGGCUCUGCGCAUCGCAGCCCACUCAAGAGCAAGACUUUGCUUUUCUGCCCUUGGUCCCUAGGGGCUGGCCACGGCUUUCCCGUGCCACAGCGCCGAGCGAGCCCCCCCACCCCACCUACCUGCUGUCCCUACCGCUUCCCUGCGGCUGUCCAGCAACAGCGCUGCAGCGCGCCAGGGGUUAAUAGCGCUGCGGGGAGGAAGCACAUGCUAGCGCGGAGCAAUAGCUGUCGGUAGCGGUGUACACAGGGGGCAGGGGGAGCAGACCGCACUCCGCAGUCACUCCCCUGCAGGAGCCGGGACCGGUUCUUUCGCCCCAGCGCCCGUCCGAACCAAGAUGCUGGAUCAGAUCGCGCUGCUCGCCGCUGUGACCGUUCUGGGAGUCUUGGAGCAAGCCUAUUUUGCGCUGCAGGUGAUCUAUGCCAGACGGAAGUACAAAGUCUCCCCCCCGGAUACAGCCGGCCCACCAGAAUUUGAGAGAGUCUUCAGAGCUCAGGCGAACUGCUCCGAAUACUUUCCAAUCUUUGUGUCUGUCCUAUGGGUGGCUGGAAUCUUCUUCCAACAAGGUGUGGCUGCAGUCUGUGGGCUACUCUACUUGUACGCUCGGUACCAGUACUUCCAGGGAUAUACGCUGUCUGCUCAUGGAAGAUUGGGGCCCAUGUACUUCAGUGCCAAAGUUCUGUGGAUUUUGAUUGGUUUGUCCGUGGCUGGGCUUUUGGUUCACUUCCUGUCUCUGAAUUCUUUUGUGGGGAGAAUGGAAAUUCCAAGCAAACUGCAACUGCUCUUCCGGUGGUAAACAGCCCCUGUGACUGCUGAGUUGCGCGUUUAGCUCAGCAUCUCCUACAGCUCCUCCAGGCUGAUAAGAAUUUAUCCUUCACUUUCUCCACACUAAAGCAGUUCAAAAUAGAGCUAAAAAGCACCAGCUUGCUGUGGUUGAAGAGAUCUAAAAUACUCCCAAACUUAUCUUCAGCCACUUGUCCCCUGCAUCAAUUCUCUUCCUUGAAUGAUGGGGAAGAGGGAGAAAGUGGUUCUCUCCCUCUCCCCACCCCAAGUUAUACACAGCAAGUUCCACGUAUCAGGAAACAGUUUUAAUCGCAAGUGGAGAAUAGAGCAACGCUACAUUAAUUUCCCUCAUUCGGCUUUUAAAACGCCUUCUCUUCCCCCACUAAAAGUUGUGCAUAUGUAUGUAGAAAAGCACAGGCUUGCUAGAGAAGCUAAAGACAGAUAUUAUUAGCACAUGCUUUUCUUCCUUCCCAUCCCAUGCACUCAGCUGAAACGAAGGAUUUUGCCACUAGAAUCAGCUUCUGUAGGAUGUUGCUUAAGCUAAUAAAGAGUAUGUUGUAA